GAAGAAACGAAAACUAUCAGAGCAGGAGUAUACGCACUUGCAUAUGUAUAUUCUCACAAACUGUGAGGAUAUUCUUGAAUAUGAGAGGAUUUACAAGGCUGUAGUACGCUCCUAUUAUCCGGAGUUUACAGAAGAUCAAAUUGUUGACCUUAAAGAGAAGGAGUUCUCGUGUUGGUUGCAAUACUAUGUAUCAGAUGGAGUUUCUAAAGGUCAAUCAUUUCCAACAUGGUUACUAGAGUUCUCUAGCGGACCAAAGUAUAUUGCAAAAUCCUACCCGAGGUAUUGCACAAGAGGAUAUGCUUUUAGGAUUUAUGAGGAUGGAACUAGGAGGACCACAACUAAUUCUGGUAUAUCUGUUCAAGCUGGUGGUGUUGUAUACUAUGGUAUCCUUAGAGAAAUAUUGGAAAUUUGCUACCCAGGAAUGUUGAACAUGAGAUGCAUUGCAUUUUUGUGUGACUGGUACGAUCCCGUGGUUGGUAGUGGUGUACGAGUUGACCAAUUCGGUGUUACAUCAAUAGACUCAAGACGAAGGUUAUUGAAAUACGAUCCAUUUAUACUUGCAUCACAAGCAGACCAGGUAUGUUCAUUUAUGAACAUUCAGUUACAAAAUCAUAGAUGAUAUAAUUAAAUAUUUCUAUUGAUUGUUACAGGUAUGCUAUAUCAAUUACCCUCGAGUGACGCGCGUCAACGACCCAUGGAUAACAGUGACGUCGGUAAACCCAAGAGGUCAAGUAUAUGGAGUUGCAGCCCACGAGCCUCUACAGGCAAGCGGAAGUUGUCAGAUGGCUUCAGUUGAGCAUUCCCUUGAAGUUGAUCUUAUGGUUGACUUCACCUUAUUUGAAGAUGAAAUAGUGCAUUCAGAGUCAGAGGAAUCAGUUGGAGAAUUUGAUGAUGAUAUAGACUCAAUUCCUUCUGACUAUUCAACAGAUUCAGAGUAGAUAAUAAAUGUUAACUUUAUGUAAGACAAUAUUUGGUACUACGUUUUAUAAUAAAUUAUUUAUA